UGUUAAUGGCUUCCAUCAAUGCCUGUCCUCUGUUCACUAUUGUCUACCGUGUUUCUGUCGAGAGAGUCAAGUUUUCAUUAGAAUUGAGAUUAUUUUGGGUUAUUUGUCAAAGGAUGACCGAAGAAAGCAAUGUGCUGUUUAUAAGAGGAAAUGGAAAUAAAAGUGAGAAUGAAGAUGUUUGGGAUGAUACUGCAUUGAUACAAGCAUAUGAUAAAGCUGUAAAUUUGGCCAAGGAGGAAGUAGCAAAACGUAUUGCUAUGGAUACUCAGGACACAAAACACAAGUGUCAGAAUUCAAAACAUUCAAAUUACAUAAAAAAACCAUUAAAGAAAUGGACCAUUGGUGCACCGUGUCGUGCUGUGUAUUCGGUGGAUGGAGAAGUAUACGAAGCCAUUAUAUCAAAAAUUCAUCAAAAUUCUGGCAUGUGUACAGUGAAGUUUAUUGGAUAUCAGAAUACAGAAAAAGUGGAAAUAAAUUCUCUUUUGGAAUCUGAAGGAUUACAAAGCCAAAUCGCCCAGCAUAAGGCUGCACAAAAGGUUAAUGAAGAAGUUGUAGAUUCUGACACAUCCACUUAUUCUAAGCUGCAGGAUUCCAAACAAAUUAAUAGUGAAAGAAUGGAUUGUGACACAGAGGAUCCUAGAUUAUUUAAAAAUAAUUUUAUGUCUGGACUUGAAUAUUUUAAUCCAGCGAUAGAUGCAAUGCCACCUGCACCACCCUUACCACCAUUAAUGGCUAAAUUGCCCGAAACUGAUGCAGAUGCGUUGUCUAGUAUGUUGAUGUCAUGGUAUCUAAGUGGAUUUCACACAGACGAUGGCAGCAGUGGCGGUGACGGUGACGACAACAGCGGCGGCAGAGGUACAACAUUUACGCUACCAUGGGGGUGGCUUCGUCGCAGAGAGAGAGAGAGAGAGAGAGAGAGAGAGAGAGAGAGAGUGCGUGUGAGGCGAUGCGCGGAACAUAUUCGAUCGACCCGCAUAAAAGGAACGAGCUUGUACUGCGACAGAGUCAGUCUGUCGGUGCCGCUGCAUCGUGUUGAUCCUCUUGGAAGUUUCACGACAAACACGCAACCGAAGGGGAAAAUACACGUGCAUGCGGAACAGCGACGCGCGAGAGGCGAUGUAAAACGAGCGAUUGGUGGAGCGAUAGUACUUAAUAGCGAGCGUAGUACAAAGGCAACAUGUUCCUGUUGCUGUCAGUGCACGAACGGAGGUUGCUGCAAUAGCCGAAGGCAUUCUCCGACUCCGACUGAGAGAGAGACUACCUAUCGAUACAAGCACGUCCCACUUUUCCAAGUAAAUAUCCCGCGGAUCAUGAAGUGGCCCUCCUGCAUCAAGACAUUCACGUGGAUGUUCUGCUGCAUGUCCAUCCUUUUAUUCCUGCCGGCGAAAACAAAUGCUUUGGAGGAGAAUUGUACGGAUUUUCAGGGUGGUACUGUCAAACACGGCCUUCUCUACGUGCCAGGACCUGCAGUUUGCAGUCUCUGUGUCUGCUACCAUUCUGAGCCGAGGUGGUGUCGAGCCAUUUACUGUACGCCACCAUACAAAUGCAAAAAGUUCCGCGUGGGUGAACGCUGCUGUGAGUUCGAGUGUCUCGACAACAGCGACGAUGAUUGGAGUGGUCCGGAUGUGUACGAUGCUGCAGGAUCAUCCAAGAUCCAGGAGCGGAGUCCUGUUUUGUGCCUGUUUGGCUUAUUGAUCGCAUUAUCGAUGGUGCCUUAGUUAUACGAUCAGACGAGAUCCGCAAUCAUCGUCAUAAACCUUCCCCUCCUUGAGGAUAAUUUCAAGUUAGUAAUACCCUAUUGGUGAUGACGAUGAUGAUGACAACAUAAUUAUGUACAAGAAACCGCCUCGAAACAGGUUUGUCUCGUAAAAUACUGCGAACACGCAGUAUUUUAGCGAAUGGCAUGUUCUUUGUUUGUAUAGAAAUUAGGAAUUGUCCAUGUGAAAUAUAGCGCGAGCUCAGUUACCGAGAACUGAAUUUUCCUCCAGUAGAUCGAUACAAUUAAAUCGAAAAUUGAUCGAGUCACUUUUUGAAUAAUUAUGAAAAAUUGAGAAAACAGAGAGAAAAUUUUUUAAAUUUAUGAAUAAAUAUCAAAAUUCGCGGACGUAAUCAUUUCGACAGUUUCAAUAACAGUUAUCGUUAUUGUAUCACAUAUACCACAAAUUAAAAUGAUAUAUAUUUUUUCAUUUCUUUCAUAAUUUUGAUAAGAGAUCCAUUUACAAACACUUAAUAACUCAGUGAGAAAUGGCCUUUAAUUCGAUGUCGAAUUGACAUCGAUUCGACAUCGAAUUAGCGAUCAUUUCUCACUGGAAAGAACUUGUGGAUAUAUUUUGCAGUCAGGUUUUGAGCACACAAACGCGCGUGAACAAAUUCUUUUUUAUUUUCUCAAUUUUUCGCUUUCUUUCGCGCGCGAAACCCCUUCCGCCUCAUUUUCUGAUAUUUUUCCACUUUAUCAAAUUCGAUAUGAUAACACGGUUAUCGGACGGUGAACUCGAUAUCGAGUGAAAAUCUACUCAUAUUCGAAUGUCAUCAAAGAAUGACGUAGGUAGCUCUUGGCCUAAUCCGAACACUCUCACAAUCAGAUGUCAACCACUGUCAUAUACGAGCUGUACUUGAUCUCAUUUCGAAUAAAAUUCAGAAUUUUAUUGUUUUGUUCAGGAAACAUGUGCAUUUUAUUGUACACAAAAUUAUCGUUAGAAAAUUAAUUCCGUGCUCAAUUCUCGGUCAACUUUUUCGGUAUAACCGAUUCUCGAGAAUGGUCACAAUAGAUAAGAGACGUCGUAAUCGUAAUAAUAAUCGAUAUAAAAAUUGAUAAGAACAUCUGCGGCAGCCUCGCCUUUGAUAAUACUCGCGCUCGAUGGUUAACCGAAGAAAACUGAAAACGAUUGAGAUUAAUUACCUCGCGCGUACGAACGUAUAGCGUAUAUUUGAUUUGCUACGAACGUACAUACGUGCGUAGCAAAUCAAAAUUUUUUUUUCCCAUUGUCACAAAACGAUGUGUAAUAACGUGAUGAUGAACGUGUCAGAUUGAGAGAUUAGUGUGCGGAAACGCAAGUCUCGUCAACGAGCACUGGGAAAUUGCGUUGAGUGCGUGCAUGAUAUAUCCUUUUUGUUUGAAAACAAAGAGACUCUUUUUAAUCUUCAAUUCGAUCGAUUUUAUCACUCAUCCAUUUUGUUUUUCGUCAGAUUCGCUGUGAACAAACAUUCUUCUUUAUAAAAAGAUCACCGUUUCUUUAUAAUUAAAAUGCAUGAUAUUGAAAUACAUGAGUUGGGAGUUCAUGUGAUAAAUUAAUGUUCAACGAUUUUUUCUUUCGGUUUUUGUUUCGUUCGCUUGUCAUCUGUAGGUAUAUCUUUGGCACAAUUAAAUUUCUUUUCUGCCCAUUUCUUAUGAUUUCAUAUAAAUCGAUCUUAUACGAUGGUGUUAAAAAAGAACUUGUAAUGUAAACGUAGGAAAAAACAUUUGCAUGUAUUAAUUAUGAUUAAUAUUUGGUUUUAAAAAGUACAAAAUACAUGCGAAAGGUUUGAAGAAAAGCACACACGUACGCUAACGUGUUUAUUGUUUACAUGUGUGUAUGUUUCUAUUCUUGUCUAUUAUUUAUGUGUUAAAAUUUGUAUUAUAUGCGUUUAAUAUUUUUUUAUUUUGAAACAAUCAAUAGAAUCGAAUAAUAUCGUUAUAAAACUUGACGGUGAAAGUUUGGAUAUUUUAUAUGUCCUGACAAUAAUACUCGUCUUCUCGCUUCCAUAUUAUAAAAUAUUUCAAUUAUUCUCGUUUCAAUUAGCACUCGACCACAAAUUAACUAUUAUUUGCACAUUGACAUUUCAAAAUGACGAUAAUUAUAGUAAACGCCUGGAUUUUCAUGCGAUAUCAAUUUGAUUAAUUACAAUUGCUGUCGAUUUGUAAUCGACACGCUAUUAAUUGUUGAUCGAUAAAUAAGCAGAAGUAUAUAAAUUAUUAAUACACGACAAUUAAUCCCGAAAUCUGAUGAUUGGGAAUUAGUAAUCGAUGCGCGAAUGCGACUUACAGCCUUUCCAUAAUUUCCAUGUCACAGAAUUCUUUUAUUUUAUAACGCUCUUAUCGGAAACUAUUAAAAAAAAAAAAGAAUUGACUGCUUUUAAGGGCGAAACGGUAUUCUAAUACAACAAUACCAGCGAUUAAGUCGAGCAACAUGGGGCCAUACGAAUUGUAAUAGUAUAAUGUACACAAACGUGCUUUGUUGGUCUUUUUACUUGGUGAAAGAAAAUAUGUAAGAAUGAAAAUACGGUGCUAUAUUAUAUAGUCAUUUCUCGCUGAGGAAAGUGACGCUGUAUAUUACGAAUAUUAAUUAUAUUUGCGAGUUUCCAGUAUUGCGACACCGCGACGAGUAUUCCGGUAUUUGCGCACGUAUGCUUGCCUGUGAUAUAUAUUUUUACAGCGUUUGAUUACUAUCCUCGCGUCCUUGGAUUGUUAAUGCCUUUGCGAAUCCUAAACGCUUCGAUUAGCGUUCCGAAUGUCUCUAACAAAAGUAGUCCUUUUCAAGAAUUGAAGAUAAAGAAACAAUCAUAAUCGCAGAAGGAUGUCGAUAGUAAUAAUUAUCUGUUAUAUAAUGAUAAAUUGAUUAUAAUAAUAUAAUUAAUUAUAACGUUGUAUAUUUAUAUAAUCAAUUAAUUACACCGAAAUUCUAUUUACUACGUGGAAAAAGAAAUUAGAAGAAUAUUAUAGAAGAAUUGUUAUUUUUUUUAAUAAUAUUUAUCCAUAAGAUCGUCUAUAAACGUUACAUUUAAUUAUCGUUAAUGUUAAUAAAAAUGUUCUAUCAUCUUGGACUGCGCAAAAAGUCAUGAAAGAAAUCAUAAGAAUAGUGGCGUGAAUAAUAAUGUUAUAUGAAUUAAAGUUCGCUUACCACUAAAUGUUUGCGAAUAACAUAUAUUAUCUACAAUCAAAGGCACAUCUAACAAUAAGCUCACAUUGUCCCGCGCGAGCUUGAUUUUGGAUAGCGUAUUAAAAUCUAUAAUUUAUAUAUUUCCUACUUCGUAGAUAUCUUUGAGUUAUUACACGGAGGUUCAUAUUUUCGCGACUACUUCGCAAUUAUUUGUAAUAUGUCUCCGUUGUUAGGAGCUGCUCAUUGCACUUAUUAUAUUAUAGUUGAAGGUAAUCUUACAAUCGCGUCAAUUUGAGAUACUAAAUAUCUCAAUUGAGUCGCUGUCAAUAUCGAAGGCGAACCAGUCUCGAUUUGCAUUUGACUUUUAAAUGAGGGCAUUGCCUGAGUUUUGCGCAAAAAUCAAGGUCAAGUUUGAUAUGUGGCGCUAGUGAAGCCACUUGAAUGUGAUAAAAAAAAGUAAUGUUUGAGAUUAAAUUAUUAUACGGUAGAUUCGUUCAUAGUUCAUAAUGCGAGAGAUAUGCAUUCAUCCUGGCUCGGACGUAAUCUAAUUUUUUCAAUACAAUGUGGUUGGUUUGUUUUCAAAAAUUUCAAAAGCUUGCUAGAUGCUAAAUUAAAAUACAUUUGUAUUAUCUCUUUCUACAUUUUCAUUAAAAGAAAAAGAUAAAAAGGAUUAUCAUACUUAGAUAAUGGAUAUGUAUCUUCGGGUCAAGUAUCGUAAUCGAAUUUAAUUAUUUAACAAUUUUAUUGUCCCAUCUCGACGGGACGGCAGUGAUAUCUUCGGCUGAUAGAACGAUACUUUUCCUAAAAACCUCGCCAUUAUACUUUUACUCUCUUCUUCCUCUAUACCCAUUCCAAUUCAGUAAAAAGCUAGAAUUAUUAAUUGACCAAUUCCUCUAAGCUUAUAUUUAAAAAAAAUGACUUAACGCGUUUAUAAAAGAAAUACACAUACACACAUCAAUGUAAAUAGCACGACGAUAGCUUUAACAUAUUACUGAUACGUACUGUCGACAUAAUUAUGUCAUGUAAUGAUCAAGGGGCCUUUUAUGUAUGAGUGAUUACUUAGAAUCCAUAUUAGAGAUUACAAUAAAAUUUAAUUCGAAAUAUCAAA